GGUUUUAGCUCAUAAAUAUAAGUCGAUCUCUUUGUGAUAUUUUUGGAAUUUUAUCGCAAGAGCUCAAACUAUCUGAAAAAAAAUUUACUAAUCAAAUUGAUCUUGACGCUUAAGAUGAUCCAUAUAAUAAGAGGUUAUCAUGAAGCAACGUAUUACUAGUUUGGAUCUUCAGCUUUUAAGCUCUGAAUUCCAACAUGCAGUGUUGAAUUAUAGAUUGCAAAACAUAUAUAAUGUUGCUGAUAGUCCUCGUCAAUAUCUUUUGAAGUUUUCAAUUCCUGACUCCAAGAAAGUAUUGGUAUUGGAUUGUGGUAAUAAAAUUCAUUUAACUGAUUUUGAUAGACCUACUAUGCAAGCACCUUCCAAUUUUGUUACAAAAUUAAGGAAACAUUUAAAGACAAGAAGAUUAUCAAAAAUUAAGCAAAUAGGUAAUGAUAGAGUUUUAGUAUUGGAGUUCAGUGAUGGAUUGUUUUAUCUAGUUUUUGAAUUCUUUAGUGCUGGUAAUAUUUUACUUUUGGAUGAAGAAAGAAAGAUCUUAUCCCUACACAGAACGGUGAAUGAGAAAGGAGAAGUGGAGAGAUAUGCGGUCAAUGAGUUUUAUAAUAUGUUUGAUAAAGAGAGUCUUGAGUCAAAUGCCCAUUACGAACCUGUCACAUACCAGUCCUCUGAUGUAAAUAAGUGGAUAAAAGAUCAUAAGUUGAAAUUGGAGGAAAACACUUCUGAUAAAAAGAAUAAAGUAUUUUCAAUACAUAAGUUAAGUUUUGUAAAUGCUAGUCAUUUACUGAGUGAUUUAAUCAAGAAAAAUUUCAUAGAAGGGGGUAUUGACGCAACAUCGAGUUGUUUGAUAUUUGAAGAUGACGAAUCUAAAUUGGAGGAGUUGGCAACAUUGUUGAACUUCACUGAAGGACAGUAUGCUGAAUUGUUGAAUGACAAGGAAUCAAAUAACAUAAAGCGUUACAUCGUUCUGAAACGUAACAAUUAUUAUGAUCCAGAGACAAAUGAUAAAAGUCGUGAAUUCUUGUAUGAUGAAUUUCAUCCAUAUCGUCCAUAUAAAGAAAACAUUGAUGAUUUCAGAUUCACUGAAAUUGAAGGUUACAAUAAAACAUUGGACACAUUUUUCUCUGCUCUUGAAUCUUCAAAAAAUUCAUCACGUAUAGAACAACAGAAGCAAAAUGCUAAUAAGAGAUUAGAAGUUGCCAAAUCUGAAAGAGAUAAACAAAUUCAGUCAUUAUUGGAUCAACAGACUGUAAACUUCAAGAAAGGAGAAACAAUCAUUCAUUAUGCCGAUUUGGCUAAUUCAUGUAUUAGGUAUAUACAAAAGCUUAUUGACCAACAAAUGGAUUGGACUAAUAUGGAGAGUUUUAUUAAAUUGGAUCAAAGAAGAAAGAAUGCGAUUGCUGCCAGCAUUAAAUUGCCACUAAAUUUAAAAGAGAACAAGAUAAAUAUUUUAUUUCCUGACUUUGAAUUGGAAGAAGACAGCAAUUCUUCCGAUGCCUCUGAUUCUGAUUCAAGCUCUGAAUCUGAUGAAGAAGAAGAUGAAGAAGAUGAUGAUGAUGAUGAUGACGACGAACGCUCUCUGAAGGCAAAGAAAUCUUCUAAGAAUGCCCAACAAUCAAGCAAGAUUUCUAUAUGGGUUGAUUUGGCUCUAUCACCUUACGCUAAUGCUCGUUUGUAUUUCGACACAAAAAAGACUGCUGAAACCAAACAAUUGAAAGUUGAAAAGAAUACUACUAUGGCCUUGAAAAAUGCUGAAAGGAAAAUUUUGAAUGAUUUAGCAAAGAAUUUGAAAAACGAAAAUGAAGUUCUUCGUCAUAUCCGUCCAAAGUAUUGGUUUGAAAAAUUUUACUGGUUUGUCACUAGUGAAGGAUACUUAUGUUUGGCUGGAAGAGAUGGUUCUCAAAAUGAUAUGAUUUAUUAUAGAUAUUUCAGUGAUAAUGAUUUUUUUAUUUCCUCUGAUGUUCCUGGUUCAUUGAAGGUCUUCGUUCGUAACCCUUAUAAAGGAAGUACUAUUCCUCCAAAGACUUUGAUGCAAGCUAGUAGUUUUGCUUUAUCUGCUUCAACUGCUUGGGAUAACAAGGCUUCUAUGUCAGCUUGGUUCUUACCAGGUUCUUCUAUUUCAAAGCGUGAUUUUGAUGGAUCUUUACUUUCAACAGGUGAAUUUAAUUACAAAUCUAACAAGGAAUACUUACCACCUAUCCAACUUGUUUUAGGUUUUGGUUUCUUUAUACUUACAGAUGAAGCAACAUCGGCUAAAUAUAAGGAAAAGAGAGAAGAGAGAGAAAAAGAUCAUGGUUUAAAUAUUGUGGUCGACAAUAAAAAGAAAGAUGUUGAAGAGCUAAUUGCAAGAAUAAAAUUAACUCCAGAAGAUGAUGAUGAAGAAGAAAUUGUUGAUACAAAUAGGGAAGAUCUGAAUAAGCUCGAUGAUGUGACUCAUGAGGAAGAAACCAAGGUUUUGGAUCCGGAAGCAGUAAUUGAAUCAACACCAGAAAUUUCGGAUGAUAACUCUUCUCGUUCAGCUUCUGUGGAGCCAACACAACCUGAUGCUGAAGUUUCAAAUCUUCUGGAACUGAUUGGUGGUUUAUCUGUAUCUGGAAAUAAGAAAUUAGCUCCAAAAGUUAGAGGUAGAAAGGCUAAAUUAAAGAAAAUGGCCAAAAAAUAUGCCGAUCAAGACGACGAAGAAAGAUUGUUGAGAAUGUCUGCUUUGGGAACCUUAAAACAAUCUGAUGACUUGAACAAGCAAAAGUUAUUAGAGAUAGAAAAGCAAAAGGAAUUGGAAAAAAAUAAAUAUAAAGAGACCUUGGCUGUCCAAAGAAGAAAGAAACAAGAUGAAAAGGAGCUUCUUAGAUAUAUCAAUGAAGAAGCUAAUGAAGAUGAAUCAAGUGUCACCAAUUACUUGGAAAUUCUUGAUUAUUUCCUUGACAAACCAAAUACAGGAGAUUCAAUAGUUGAUGUGGUUCCUGUUUUCGGACCAUGGACAGCUUUGCAGAAAUUAAAAUAUAAGGUUAAAAUCCAACCCGGUUCAGGUAAGAAAGGUAAAUGUGUUAAUGAUUCAAUAAAUUAUUUCACCACACGAAAGCUUGAUGAAUCAGCAACUGAUGGUGAUUUAGAUUGGGAAAAUGAAAGAGAGAUUGUAAAAGCUAAGAAAACUAACGAUUUGGUAGGUGUUUUUACUGUGUCUAAAGUCAAAUUAGUUUUACCAAAUGGAGGUACUGAAACCAAUAAAAAAAGAAAUCAAAAUCCAACCUCUAAGAAGGGAAAGAAGAAGUAAACAUAAUAAAUUUGCAUAUUAAAUAGUAUACAUAAUCUAAUAUAAAUUAAGCAUUCG